AUGGAGAGCAGAAAACGCAAGGCCGAUGAUGAACUCGAUCCCAGCAUUGCCGAGAGCGUGUCAGAUGUCAAUCCUGCUACGGUUGACAGCGUGCCUGGGGUCGAUUCCAUGACUGCUAACAGCGUCCCUGGGGCCGAACCCAUUACGGCUGACAGCAUUUCCAAAGUCGAUCCCGCCAUGGCCGCUUACAUUGAGAAGAGACGCAAAGAAAAGGAAGACUUUCUGAUACGGCAGGGAAGGGCAUUGUGGGCGAAUUACUGGAUUCCGAGAGAAAAACAGCUCUCCAGGCCUUUCGGGCCACUGCCAAACCAUCCAGAGGUGAUCGAGGUCUGGCAACGUAAUGAGGCGGACCAAGAAACUGCAUCCUCAGAAUUCCCCCCAAAUGGAAUAACUGAUAAGAACCCUCCUCUUUCUUACGACGUCAUCGCAAGUAUACUCUGGAUGACCAAGGGUCAUUGUCCCAAGGCGCAGGCGUGGUUGAAGAGCCAUGAGAUGGACAGAUUGUUGCGCGGUAAUGUGAUAGUGAGGCACUAUGGACGUGAGAACCUGAGAAAGCAGGCGCUUCAAAACCGGUAUCAGAUGAAUCUUGCUCUGCAGAAGGUGGCCAUGAGGUCCGCGCAAGAGAUGGAUGAUGUUAAGGAAAACCAGGAAAAUGAGGCUACUACCCCUUGGGACAGAAUCUUGGCAGCUCAUGACAGACUUCGAAAGGCGAUGGGUGAACCUGAGGUGUUUGCGCAUGAGAUUCUAUUGUGGUAG